UCGAAUUUCACGGCGAGCAAAGAGAAUCUCUUCGGCUGCUGGGUUUCAAACAACUCAUGAACGGUCUGUAGAAAUACUAACUGAACGUAAAAAUGUACGAUUUGCAGCAGGGGCGUUCAUGUAAGACCUGCAUGUUGACAUUUCUGGCAAUUAUUUGGAUUUUCAAACUUUCUUUUUGUAAAGGGAUUUCAUCUAGCUACAACAUUACAUAUCGCUUGGCUGGAGGUGAAUUUCCUAAUGAAGGUCUUGUGGAGGUGUUCUUUAAUGGGACAUGGGGUAGAAUAUGCACGAGCUCGUGGGACAUCAACGAUGCUAAAGUGGUCUGUCGUUCACUUCGAUUGCCCCCAGCGACAUAUCCUAUAUAUUACAACACUUUUCGUGCAGUAAAGAAAAUAAAGUGGAUGAACCGUUUGCAGUGCUCAGGAAAUGAAACAAGCUUGGCAGAAUGUCCUAAUGAUGGUUGGGGGAAAGUAAGUUCGUGUCAGAAACCAGCAGGUGUGAUGUGUGGACAUCCAGAAGUCCACCAAAUUAACCUCACAGAACUGUGUGGAGAGUUUACCAGCCCUGGAUUUUCCCGCUACAUGAUGACGCAGGCUCAUUACGUGUGGACGAUCAUACCUCCCAUACCAAGAGCCAUGGUUUUGGUCUACUUGGAAGAUACCGUCCUUUAUCGACCAAAUGUAUUACAAAGUUCCAGUUCUAUAGAUGUCCUAGACGGUGCGCAGAAACAACUUUUCCAUCUUGACGACAAGACGUUAUAUGUGGAUCCUCUUGUGCUUUACAAGUCCAUUGGUUUGUUUAUUAAAAAAUUGCCGGUAAAGGUGGUUUACUUCUCUUCAUUUACCGUAGGCGUUGACCAGAAUUCUUUUAAAAGGAUCUUCAAAGGAAUAGGAAUUCGUGGAAGAUUCCUAAUAACUGAUCGACUAUUUGAUGAAGCUCCAUUGAAAGAAAACUGGACCAUUUCUGCCACUAGUAACGUUAACGGUUCUUACAUAAUCGCCGUCGUUUCUUGGUCACCGUUCAAUGUUGAGGGUAAUUUCUGGAUAACUGGCUAUGUGGUAAUCAAUAAUUCAACAGAUGAUUGGCAGAACAUGACAUACGUUAUUGCUAAUAAUAGAUCAAGGUCUGCCUAUUUUGGAUGGCUUGUGGGAUACACGAAUUAUCGAAUCCAAGUGUUUGUCGUUUUAGCUAAAGAUGAUGGAAGUUUGAUGAUGUAUGGAAGUAAGACCGCUGCUAUAAAAACGCCAGAGAGAG